AUGGAGUUUUUUGAGAUGACAGAUCUUGGAUUGAUGACCUAUUUUCUUGGAAUGGAAAUUAAACAAAAUGACUAUGAAGUCUUCAUAUGUCAGAAGAAAUAUGCUAAGGAGAUUCUGAAAAAGUUUGAAUUUGAAGAAUGUAAAGACAUGAGCACUCUAAUGAGCUCAAGAGAGAAGCUAUUUAAGGAAGAUGGAACAGAGAAGAUUGAUCAGGCAUAUUUCAGAAGCAUGAUUGGUUGCUUGAUGUAUCUCACAGCCAUUAGAUCUGACAUUUUGAAUAUUGUAAGUAUUUUCUCUCGUUUUAUGCAUUGUACAAGUGAAUGGCAUCUCAACGCUGCAAAGAGAGUGCUUAGAUAUGUGAAAGGCACAAGUGAUUUCGACAUUAAAAUUACAAGGAUCAAGGAGUUUAAGCUUCUUGGUUUCUCUGAUAGUUAUUGGGGAGGUUCCAUUAAUGAUAUGAAAAGCACCUCGGGGUAUUGUUUCACAAUUGGUUCUGGUGUUUUCUCCUGGAGCUUGAAAAAACAUGAAAUCGUAGCUCAAUCCACUGCUGAAGCAGAAUUUGUUGCUGCAACAACUACUGUUAAUCAAGCUUUAUGGCUGAGAACGAUUUUAACUGAUCUUAACAUGGAGCAGGGGGAAAGUACACAGAUUCUUGUUAUCUAUAUAGUUGUGAUCAUGGCAUGA